CCAUCUCAUCUCCCCGGCUCCCCCCACUCCUUUGAUUUGUCCUCUUCCUCUCCUUCCCACGCCACCGCGCCCGAACUCCAAAGCCCGCCCCGCGCCGCGCCCGCGCGCCAGCCAGCCACCGCCGCCACCUCACCCAGAUGCCGCCGCCGCCGAGCUUGUCGACUCCUGCGCCGGAGCGGCGCCUCGCGGUGCUGCUCUCCCACUUCCGCCCGUGUCUCGAGGCCCCGCGCGCCACCACCCGCCUAGCCAGCGCCGAGCGCCACGGUACCGCGGCCGCGGCGGUGGCCGAGGCCGAGGCGGAGGCGGAGGCGGAGCUCUCUGCGUCCCCCUGCGCUGCCGCAGGAAGCGGGGAGGCCCAGUCCUCCGGGGGAGGAAACUGCGUGUUCUGCAGCAUCGUCACGGGCGCCGCACCAGCCUUCAAGCUGUACGAAGAUGAUGAGUGCUUGUGCAUCCUGGAUGCUAAACCGCUAACAACUGGGCAUUCUCUGAUCAUUCCAAAAAGCCAUUAUCCAUCACUGCAAACAACACCAGCCACUGUACUAGCAGCUAUCUGCUCUAAACUGCCACUCCUGGGUACUGCAAUAAUGAAAGCUACUCAAUGUGAUGCAUUCAAUGUGCUAAUCAACAAUGGAGAGAAGGCAGGGCAAGUUGUUUUUCACACUCAUGUCCACAUCAUUCCCCGUAGCAAAGAUGAUAACCUGUGGUCUUCAGAGACCUACUCAAGGAACCCGAUUUCACAUGGCCAGGAAACUAAGAAUCUUGUUAGCAGCAUCAAGGAAGUGCUCUCUUCUUCCCCAGAAGACUACAGUACUGUAAUGUCAUCCACGCCAAAGGCAUUCUGAAACAGCUCAACAAGACUGUAGAUAACCAAUUCAACAGGCAUUUUUUCUUUUCCAUCUCAUUCAGCUUGAAGAGCAUUGCUGGGAGAUGAAUUGAUGUACAGCUUCAUCUCAGUCAUGCCUUGAAAUUUUGGCAGUAACUGACAAAAGUACUCGUCGUAGGAAAGGCAAAAGCGGUAGAUCUAUGGUCAUAGUUGGUACGGGAUAGUGAUAGGAAAGCAUCUCGCAAAGAACUGUAAAUAUUUGGUUUCUUAAACUUGGUAGGCCUAAGACUGUGGUAUCAAUUGGGGGAAGUAAGAACUCGGAACCGGCAAACCUCGGCCUGGAGUAGAUGGUGGAUUCUAUCCGCACGAUAUUUUGAUCUCUUCAGAACCUAGGAGACAUGGGUAUAUAUGAAUGAGUACAUAUGGUGGAGAAUUGAAUCUCACUAGCUGUUUUCUUUCUGAA